AUGUCGUGGUUCGGUUGGAGUGAGCCUCAGUACCGGAGUGCAAGGCGUGAGCCGGCUGAGGUGGUGACGGACACGCUGAUGCUCGAGCUCAGCUGGCAGAUGAAGGAGGCGGAGCGGUUGCAGCGUGAGCGCGAUAAUGAGUACCGGCGGCUGCGCACCGGCGUGGACUACAGCUGGCUGGUGAGCACACCACGCAUCUCCUACGACAUCAGCCAUGGAGAGAGACUGGCGCUCGAGGACCUCUGCAGCAAAGUACAUCCAUCCUACUGCGGAGCCGUAAUCCUCCGGUUUCGUCAGGUCCUGACAGAGAAUGAGCCAGAGGUGCAAGAGGUUUCCGGUCUUUUCCGUGCCGUUCUUCUUGAGACACUGGAGCGCAUUCAGGAGGAGAAGGAGGCACAGCGCUUGGUUCGUCAAUGGAAUAACAAGCGCUCCAUAAGCCUGUCCAUGCUUACUUUCAAAUCUCGAAUGAGAGUCAAUCCGUUCGGCAGCUCUGUGGCUCUCACCUCCAGCACUUCUGGAUUAGAGGAAGUCCAUACCAUAUCUCAGGAUGUUGAAAAAGGACUUGGACACACAACUGAAAAAGCACAACGUGUGUUUAGCAUGCCUGAUUUCAGACACAAAGGCAUUAAUGGUCAUGUGUGAUGGAUGUUUGGACAUAAAAACGCGACUUCACGAAUGGAACUGUACUAGGGAUUAAAAAAAACCCUACAAGGUACAUUUAUUAUAU